AAAUGAAUACAAAGGUACAAAGUUCUAGUAAGGAAAUAUUUUACCAAGUUACAAUAGAAUAAUAUUAUAUAAAAUUUUUCAAUGUUCUAAAGAAUGUAAUUUCGAAUUAUAUAUUUAAAUAUUUAAUAAUAUUUAAAGAAUAAAAAAUUUGGUAAAAAUUGAAAGAUUAAAAAUAUUAUAAUCUAAGAAGAAUAAAGAAAAUAUAGAUAAGAACUUCAUAUUUAACAAAUGCGAUAGACGAAUCACAUUAAUGCGAUAGACGAAUCACAUUAAUUCGAUCAAGAUUAAUUUUAAUCCAGUCAUAUCAUUGAUAUGAAAUAUUAAGCUAUUUAUUGAAAUAAUUUCAAGAAAAUGAAUGAGAAUCGUUUUGGAAUUUCACAACAGACUUUAAUUUCCAAUACUGGAAAUCAAGUUAUAUCAACUAACAGACUAGUUCAAUAUAUUGCUAGUUUGGCAUCAACACUUGGAGCCUUAGCAGCUGGAAUGACAUUAGCAUGGACUUCUUCUGCUGGUGAUGAUGGCAAAAAUCUAGAAUCUUUAUAUAAAAUACAUAUAUCUAAAGAUGAAUUUUCAUGGAUUAGUUCACUAGUUGCAAUAGGUUCAGCCGUGAUAUGUAUUCCUAUUGGUAUUCUUGCUGAUAUAAUAGGAAGAAAAUAUUCAAUGCUUUUGAUGGUGAUACCUUUUAGUAUAGGCUGGUUGCUUAUAAUUUUUGCCAACUCUGUGAUUAUGUUUUAUAUUGGUAGAUUCAUUACUGGUCUUAGUGGUGGAGGUUUUUGUGUAGUAGCACCAAUAUAUACAGCAGAAAUAGCUGAAAAUGAGAUUCGUGGAACUCUUGGAUCAUAUUUUCAAUUACUUCUUACUACAGGCAUUCUUUUAUCAUAUAUUUUAGGAACUUUUGUUAAUAUGCAAAUAUUGUCUAUUAUAUCUGCUCUUGUACCAUUUAUUUUUUUUGUAGUUUUUAUGUUUAUGCCAGAAUCACCAUCUUAUUAUUUAAAAAAAGGCAAUGAAGAAUUUGCUAGAAAAAAUUUAAUCAAACUACGUGGUAUUCAAUAUAAUAUAGAAAAUGAAUUACAAAGUCAAAAAGAUGCAUUAAAAGAAACUAAUAAAAAUUCGAUUUCUUUUUGGACUUUAAUUAAAUCUAAAACGACUUUAAAAAGUUUUAUAAUUGCUUAUGGUCUAAUGUUUUUUCAACAAUUAAGUGGUGUUAAUGUUGUUAUAUUCUAUUCUAAGAAUAUUUUUGAAAAAGCUAAUACUGGUUUAAAUUCUGAUUAUUCGACUAUUAUAGUAGGUGUAAUGCAAGUUUUGGCUGUAUUUGUAAGCACAUUAAUAGUAGAUCGUGCAGGUAGAAGAGUAUUAUUAUUGAUAUCUAUAAUAUUUUUAUGCUUAACAUCUUGUGCACUUGGAGUUUAUUUCUAUCUUUCAGAAAAUGAAAUAGAUGUUCAUUCAAUUAAAUGGUUACCUUUAGUUUCUAUAUGUAUUUUUAUUAUUAUGUUCAAUGUGGGUUUUGGUCCACUUCCAUGGAUGAUGAUGGGUGAAAUUUUUGCACCAGAACUAAAGGAUGUAGCUGCAAGUAGUGCUUGUCUUUUUAAUUGGAUAUUAGUUUUUAUUGUAACUAAAUUUUUCAGUGAUUUUUCAAUUAGUCUUGCUGCUAUAUUUUGGUUAUUUGCUGUAAUUUGUCUUAUUGGAACUUUCUUUGUAUACUUUUUAGUUCCUGAAACAAAAGGAAAAUCUUUAGAACAAAUUCAAAGAGAAUUAAGUAACUUAUAAUAUUGUUUAAAAACUAUUUAUAUUAUAUUAUCUAUAAAAUUUAUCAAUUUAUUGAAUUAACAAAAUAAUGUUGCUUUUGUGAAUUUAAAAAUAAAUCAUUUA